AUGAACGAUAAAGAUGAUAGCGCUUGGGUCUUCGACUCUUUGAUUGGUUUUCUUCAAGGUCCCAUUUGGUCUACGCCUCUCAUUACUUUCAUUGAAGAGAAAUCGCUCAUAUUCGAAGCGGAUGUCGAGGAAAAUGAUGAGUAUCAAAAGAUAUAUCAGGAGUACAAAAAUCUGGUGGAUUUAUUGCUUGGUUGUUUUAUGGAAGACAUGGGAAUCACUCCGGAACAAUUCGAGUACGCUUGUACCGUAAAUAAAUAUACAAUGCCUAUACAAUUCCAACAGAAUUUGUUCGAACAAAUAUGGGCUGCGAACGAGUACGAGAUAUUCAAGAGAAUGAUGAUACAGAAGAACCUAGAACUUCAACUACAAGCUUUGAAUAUGAUCGAGCAAAAAUAUGGCCUCACACCUGUAUCCUUGAUGUAUGAAACAGAUACAUUAAAUGAAGAUCCUCUAGUCAUGGAAGAAUUAAUUCAGAAACAUAUAUUGGAAAAUGAUUCGAAAGAUCAAAAUAUAUCCUCAGAAACUUCGCUCAUCAAAGAACACGAACGUUUGACAGCUAAAUAUAAUAACGAAAGGGUAUUGUUAUCAGAAGCUUUAAAAAUAUCACAAGAGAAAAAGGAAGAUCCACAAUCAUCUUUUAAAGAAGUAAAAGAAGAAGAAGAAAAAAAAGAAAUUAAAAUUAAAAGAGAAAAAGAAGAGGAUGAGGAAGAUAAAGAAAAAGAAAAAGAUACUCACAGAUUCCCUAAAGCGCUUCCUUUAAAUCCUAUAUCUACAACUGAAUUAAAAUCAGACGAACAAAAUAUAUCAGAAGAAGAUAUAAAAAAGAGACAGGCUUACUUGAAGGCUAGACGCGAUAAAUUGGUAGCAUUAAAAAAAGAAGCAAGAAGUCAACGAUUGGAAAUGAUUUCAAUCAGACCGAGUUCUGCAAGAACAAUAGCGGAAGCAACGAUAAAAGGGGAGCAAGAAUUAAAAUUACCAGAAUCUCUAGAUCCAUCCAUAUUGCAAGUACGCAAAGCACUCGCAGCUCGUCUCCAAACUGAGGUAGUGCGUAAACAAACGAAUUAAUAAUAACGAUUCUUAUAAAGAAAUCGGGACAUUAGUAUUUAUCGCGGUAAGAAUAUUUUUUCGAGAAAUAUCAUAUACAACGAUUAAAUUACAUUUUUUUUUUAGACAUUUAGCAUAAAAACAGGAAAAAAGUUUGUAAGGUAACGUUUACAAACUUUGAAUUAAGAUGAUCAAUCUAAAUAACAAAAUUAAUUUAUAGUUACGCCUAAACAAAAUGAAUAUAGUUUUUUUUCUUUUUUGUAUACAAUUUUAAAUAUUCAUUACAUCGGUUUAUUUUACCUUUGAAUUGAAAUAAGUCUGAUUUAGGAUCAUUACAGUUUGCAUAUAAGUAUAUAUUUCCGCUUAUGAAUACCGACAAAAUGAUAAAUAGUUUUUUAAGGUCACUUGCAUUAUUUUCUCUUACUCAUUCGAUGCGUUCUCAUGAUUAUAAUCAUUGAUAUUAAUUUUAUUCGUGAAAGAAAUUGAAUAAAACACGAAAAAAAAAUAAAAAGAAAAAGCAUAGAAUCUUUUUAUAACAAUUUGCAUAAAUCUUCAAGAAUGAUAUAAAUAAAUAAAAAAUAAAAAAAACAUAAUGUUUCUUAUAUGUUUUUCACAUAUUUUACAGACGAAAAUUAACAUCUGUAAAUUUUUCAAUUUUUAUAUUUGUUUUUUUAUGUAUAAUUAAUUCUUCAAAUGAAAUUAUAUUUUUUAUUUGAUCGAUGUAAAGAGAAGAGAAUGCGAAGAUAACAUAAAAGUUGUGUAAUACACAGCUUUUAAUAAAUGCUUUCAGAAAAUUAUAAAUACGCUGUAAAAUUUGUUUUACAUAUAAUUAUCUAAUAGCACAAAUUGUACAAAUCACAAUUAGAAGAUAAAUAGAAUUGAAAAUCAA